AUGGCACAUAGGUUUUUGAGAGACCAGGAGGCUGAUGCAUGGGAGAGGUCCGAUUUUCCCAUUCUCUGUAAUUCAUGUUUGGGUGAUAAUCCAUACGUACGAAUGACUAAGAAUGAGUUCGAUAAGGAAUGCAAGAUCUGCACGAGACCAUUCACGGUUUUCCGGUGGAGACCGGGUCGAAAUGCCAGGUACAAGAAGACUGAAAUUUGCCAGACAUGUAGCAAGCUGAAAAAUGUUUGCCAAGUCUGUGUCUUGGAUCUGGAGUAUGGACUGCCCGUUCAGGUUCGAGACUCUGCGUUAGCUAUAGAUUCCUCUGACUCCAUUCCAAGGAGUAAUGUGAACAGGGAGUACUUCGCAGAGGAGUGCGAUCGAAGGGCUAGGAUGGGGAUUGAUUAUGAGUCAUCAUAUGGAAAGGCUCCACCUAGUAAUACCAUCCAAAAGUUCCAAAGGACAACACCGUACUAUAACAGAAACCGACCUCCUCCUUGCACUUUCUAUGCGCGGGGUAUAUGUAAUAGAGGUGUUGCAUGUCCAUAUCCUCAUGAAAUGCCUGUAACUUGGGAAUUGUCUCGCCAAAAUAUAAAAGAUCGUUUCUACGGUGUCAAUGAUCCAGUGGCAGCAAAACUGCUGAAGAAGGCAGGUGAGAUGCCGUCACUGGCUCCCCCUGGUGAUGAAAGCAUCAAAUCCCUUUACAUUGGCGGUCUGGAUACUAGAGUUACUGAGCAGGACCUGAUAGACAAUUUCUAUUCCUAUGGAGAGAUUGAGUGUAUAAAUUUUUUGCCAUCGCGACCAUAUGCUUUUGUAAAUUACAAAACCAGAGAAGGAGCAGAAAAGGCUGCAGAAGACCUUUCGAAUAAUCUGAUCAUAAAGGGUCUGAGGCUGAAGAUUUUGUGGGGGAAAUCUCAAGUCCAAAAGGCAAAGUUUGGGAGCCAAGAUGAUGAAGCAUCAAGACAGGUUCAACCGCAACCGAUGUCUUACUUCAAUAUUCCGCCUCCACCGUCCGCGAAUUGUUACCCAUCCAUGGAUCCUCAAAGGAUGGGUGCUUUAGUUCCAUCCCAGGAAGGCUGCAGUAACGGUCCAAGUAUCACAAGUUAUACCCAUCAGGGAAUGUAUCAUCCUUACUAGAAUAUGAGAAAUCUAGCUCUAUGUAAUUUCCAAUAGAUGAG